UAUAAGCUGCGCGACGCGAAUCGAAAGACCUGUCUUUCACCGCCCUGGUCUCUUGGAUAUUCAUACCAGCUGCGCAACAGAGCAACGACGCUGUCACUAUGAACGCCGCUCUCGCAACCGUUCUACUAGGACUCGCCUCCAUCGCCUCUGGCGGCUUUAUUGGCGGCGGCUAUGGCGGUGGCUACGGUAGUGGCUUCGGCGCAGGCUAUGGUGGCGGCCUUGGAGGCGGCCUUGGCGGUGGCGGUGGCCUCAGUGGUGGCCACGCUGGUGGUUUUGGCGCAGGCGGUAGUGGGGGUGGUUUCGGUGUCGGCUAUGGCGGUGGUCUCGGUGGUGGCGCCGGUGGCGCUGGUCUCACCGUGGCGGCUGUUCCGGUUGCUGUCGCUACUCCCGUUGUUGCCGCCAGGCCCGCUGUCGCCUCACCUAGCCGCUCCACGACAUCCUACGGCACCAGCACUACCACCGUGACCACCCUGCACGGUGGAGGAGGAGCUGGUGGAUUCGGUGGCGCAGGUCUUGGCUAUGGCUCUGGCAGUCCUCGGCUACGGAGGAGCCGGUUUCGGAUCGGGAGGAGCCGGAUACGGACUUGGAGGAGCCGGUCUCGGAUCUGGAGCCGGCUUCAGCUUUGCCGCAGUGCCAACCGUCGCAGUGGCUCGUCCCACUGUGACUGUGGCCGUUGCCCGUCCUGUCGCCAUUGCCGUUCCGGCUGUGGCUACCGUCGCUGCUGCUCCGGCUGUUGGUGGUGGUCUUGGUGAUGGCCUCGGCGGAGGUCUUGGUGGUGGUUUCGGUGGAGGUCAUGGUGCAGGCUUUGGCGGUGGUCUUGGUGGCGGACACGGUGGCGUUGGCGCUGUCGGACUCUUCGGCGGUCUCGGCGGCGGCUACGGUGGCGGCUACGGUGGUGGCUACGGUGGUGGCUACGGUGGUGGCUACGGUGGAGGCCUCGGAAAGCAUGGCGUCAGCUACAGCUACGCAUCUAAGUGGUGAAGACAAAUGGUCCAGGAUCUUCGUGGAAUAUGCGCCACAUUGUCUUGGAAAUCAACGCUGUGAAUGAGUGCAGAACCACCAGGAAGAUAAGAAGGUUGUACAAAACAGAUCUUGGCAAUCCUUCGCCAAUCCAAGCGGAAUUAAGAAGAAGAGCCAAGCACCGGAAAGUGGAACCAUCGCUACUAAAUUCAAGAUUGUGCUUUGCAGGGCUAGCGAAGUUUCACCGCUGAGAUUUGUGGUACUAACCAUGUAAAUGCAAUAAAACUAUCUGU